AUGACUGAUGAUAGCUCUGCCGAGAGAAAUGCAUUAAAAUCAGUUUUUCCUCACUCAAAUUUACUUCUGUGCAUUUUUCACGUCCUUCAGGCUAUGUGGCGUUGGUUAUGGGACUCUAAACUUGAAAUCGCUAAUCAAGACCGAAAACAUUUAAUGAAACUUUUCCGCAGUGUUGCUUAUGCAGAUAAUGAAGAAAAUUUAGUAGAAAUGGUAGACAUAUUAAUGAAAACAGAUCAAACUUCAGAAAAGUAUCCAAGAUUUAAGAAUCAUUGUGCAUCGCUUUUAAACCGUAAAAAAGAAUGGUGUAUUGCAUAUAGGUCUACACUUCGAACUAGAGGACACAAUACCAACAACAUUGUUGAAUCAUCAAUACGUGUAUUUAAAGACAUAGUUCUUGAAAGGUGCAAGGCUUUUAAUGCAGCGGUGCUAGUUGAUUUUGUUGGAAAUACUUUGGAAGAUUAUCAUAGGCGGAGUUUAUUAAAAUAUGCAAAUGUGCGGAUAAGUAAACCAGAACUCCACUUCCAAAAAUUUUGCCAACUGUCAAAAGGGUUGAUUGUUCAAAAAGAAAAUGAAUAUUUAUAUUAUGUGUCAUCAUCUACAAAUGAAAACAUGUUUUAUUCAGUAGACAUUGAGAAUGAGACAUGUGAUUGUCCAGCUGGAAGAGGCGGAAAAUUUUGCAAACAUCAAUGCGCCGUAUUUUUGCAAGAUGAAAAAUUAAAAUUACAAAAUUUACCGAACUUAAAUUUUGAUGAUAGAGUUGUGUUGGCCAAAUUAGCAAUUGGUAGUGUUGAUGAAACAUUUUUUCAAAAUAUGAAUCAAUUGGAUGCAAAUUAUGACAAAUCAAGUAAUGAAACUGAGGCACAAGAUAACUUUGAUGAGUGUAUGGUUGUAUCCACAAAUUCUAAUAUAUUAAGAUUAAAUUUAGAUAAUGCACCUGUCGAUGAAAAUAAUAGUGUUAAAAUAUUGGAAAUAACCAAAAACCUCCAGGAUAAUUUGAAUAGAAUAACCACUUUAGCAUCAGAAUCAAAUACCUUGUACACGCAUAAAAUAAUGAGUUCCCUGACGACAAAAUUAUCGGCGAUAACGAGUUCGUCUGAAGCACUUUCAUUUUUGGCUCAGGUGAAUAACAAAAAAAGAGGUCGACAAAUUGGAGUCCAACCAACUUCACUUGCUAGAAGAAAAGUAGUAUUGACUAUAGGUUCAAAAAGAGUGCAAGCAGGGAGACCUACUGAAAGUGCUCCUCCAAACAAAAAAAGAAAAAGAAACCUAGCUAGCAAUAUUGACGAUAAUAAAUGUAACUCCAAAUCACACUGA